GCACCGAUUCAGCGGAUUGACAGUUUCGCAUGUGCUGUAUAGAUGGAGUUAGCGCACCUACGCUCUUCACGCUUAAUCGUGUUUUCGCUGCUUCGACGAAUUAACGCAUCUUGAAAGUAGCCGUACGUUCUUAAAAACCCACCUGCCUGAAAACCGUAUUAGGGAAAAGGGACUUUUAAAAUUGGAUUGCGCUAAUUCUCUUUCUGCAUCUGUGGGCUUUGGACGCGUUAUGUACAAAUGUAUUGGAGCCGUGUUUUCAAAACGAAAGCUGUUUACACUGGACUGCUCGUUAAGUGACAUCUUCGUAUUGACUGUCACACAGUUUUGCCAUAAACUAUUAAAUACUUUGCCCGUUUAAGAAUUUAUCUGUCGCUACAGUGAAAAGUUACUGAGUUAAACCUUCAGGAACCUGUCCACGAAUGGACACGAACAUUUGUAUAUAGGUGAGAUAUUGGUUAGUGAAGAACCGUUAGGUUUCGUCGCGGUGGUUAGCUAUCAUCUCCGGUUAAUGAAAGUUGCGGUAUAUCUAAUUUGGAUCAUCCACUGAUUUCUACAUCCUUACUUAUAUACUAGUGACAUAUCAUCAUUCGUCAAGGGGAAGUGAAGACCAAAGCAAGAUUUGAUCGCAGUGAGAUGGUCACAGCGAAGCAAAUUACAGCGGUUGAUGUGGUUAUUAGCAUCUUAGCGGUAAUUACUUUGAUGGCAAACGGUACAGUGUGCAUUCUGGUGUUCACAAACAGAAAUCUUAGAACGUAUACAAACGGAUUUAUCGUUUCGUUAGCCGUGUCCGACAUUCUAGUAGGUGUGGCCUUGUUUCUUCAGUACGCUUUAUCGAUGGACAAUAGGUUAGUGCUCAACGUCUUAUUUACCACUGCAUUGGUAGGGAGUGUAGCGAAUUUAACCGCGGUAACAUUCGACCGACACUUAGCUUGCACACAGCCCUUCGAUUACCAAAAUAUUAUAGCAAGGUAUUUCAUCAAAAUUGUGGCGUUUUGCUGGACAGCAGCCGUCAUAUCUGCCCUUCUUCCACUUAGCUGGCUCGAAAGCAAUUCUGCAGCCUUAGCCCUGAGGAUUUAUCAGUUUGGCAUUUUAAUCAUCUGCAUCGUUGCACCUUACACCUGGAUUUUCCUCUGCUACUUACGACUUUUUUGGCAAGUUCACAAAAUCGUCAAGCGAGAGAGAAAAAUGGCUGUGCACGUACGUGGAGCUCACCAAUGCUGCGAAAGAACCAAAAGAGUGUGUUCGGAGGCAAAGAUCGCUAAAGUUUUCUGUGUCAUCGCUUUCCUCUUUGUAGUCAGCUGGUUGCCAAUCAUUUGGACGACUUUUGUUUAUGCAAUAGGCAAGCCUUAUUUGAUGCCAAAGGUUAUCCAUUCUCUUUCUUCGUUCACUUUGGCUGUUGGUUCUGUUAUAAACCCUAUACUGUACUCAUUUUUGAAGCCAGAUUUCCGAAAUGUCUACAAAAAAAUAUUUCGCUUGAUUCCGCGCGGCGAAAAGCGCACGUACAAAGAUCACAACGCAUUCUCUCGCGCCACGAACCUAACGAAAUCGGCCUCCAGGUUACUCCAGGAACAAACGAAUCUUUAGGAAACUGAUGUUUAAUGUGAAUUAAAAAAAAGAUAUAGCUCCACAGUCCCAGGAUCUAUAUUUGCUAAAGAACGGUGUAAGUCAAUAUGGAGAUCUAGAUAGUAAAAGAAGAUUAGUCUUUUUUUUCCACAGCAAGCACUAUAGUCUGGGAUUAAGUGAACCCAAACCAUUGCGCACGCUUACAACCUGAAUACAAGCACCGAAAAAAAAAUCCGAUGCCUGCAGUUAUGUGACUUGAACAUUUUCGCGGAAAAUAAGGA